GGAGAUAAUUUUGGGGGGAUUUUGCAGAACAAGGAGCUGAAGAACCGCCUGGCCAGUUCCGAGGGGCAGCACCGGCCCAGCAGCACCGUGUCCCAGCUGGAAGCGCGGCUGGAGGAGCUGCAGGACCAGCUGCAGGCCGAGGAGAGGGAGAAGAACGUCCUGCUCUCCUCCAACCGCAAGCUGGAGAGGAAGGUGAAGGAGCUCAGCAUCCAGAUCGACGACGAGCGGCAGAGCGUCAGCAACCAGAAGGACCAGCUGAGCCUGCGGGUGAAGGCCCUGAAGAGGCAGGUGGACGAGGCGGAGGAGGAGAUCGAGCGCCUGGAGGGCGCGCGGAAGAAGGCGCAGCGGGAGCUGGAGGAGCAGCACGAGCUCAACGAGCAGCUGCAGAACCGCGUCAAGGCGCUGGAGAAGGAGGCCUGGCGCAGAGCCGCGCGCUCGGGCGGCCGACGCGUCGCUGCAGGACGAGCAGCUGAGCUCGGACGAGGAGUUCGACAGCGCCUACGGCCCGUCCUCCAUCGCCUCCCUGCUCAACGAGCCCAACCUCCAGACCAGCUCCUGCUGACACGCCGCAGCGGGGCCAGUUCCCCCUGGAGUGGGGCCAGUUCCCCCGGAGUGGGGCCAGUUCCCCCUGGAGCGGGGCCAAUUCCCCCUGGAGUGGGGCCAAUUCCCCCUGGAGCGGGGCCAGUUCCCCCUGGAGUGGGGCCAAUUCCCCCUGGAGUGGGGCCAGUUCCCCCUUCGGAUGCUGCUGCUGCUGCUGCUCAAGGAAAAAAAAACUCUUCCGAGGACAUGAAGGAAGGAAGGGUGGGAACCCUCUGGGAACCUCCCGGGGACCUCCUGGGAACCUCCUGGGGACCCUUGGGGACCUCUUGGGAACCCUUGGGGACCUCCUGGGAACUCUUGGGGACCUCCUGGGAACCCUUGGGGACCUCCUGGGAACUCUUGGGGACCCCCUGGAACUCUUGGGGACCUCCUGGGAACUCUUGGGAACCCCCUGGGGACCUCCUGGGGACCUUCUGGGAACCCCUUGGGAGCCUCUUGGGGACGUCCUGGGAACUCUUGGGGACCUCCUGGGAACCCUUGGGGACCUCCUGGGAACUCUUGGGGACCCCCUGGAACUCUUUGGGACCUCCUGGAACUCUUUGGGACCUCCUGGGAACUCUUGGGGACCUCCUGGGAACCCCCUGGGAACCUCUUGGGAACCUCCUGGGGAACCUCCUGGGGACCUCUUGGGGACCCCCUGGGAACCCCCUGGGGACCCUUGGGGACCCCCUGGGAACUCUUGGGGACCUCCUGGGAACCUCCUGA